CCGGGGCCGUUGGCCGUGACGUCAGUUCCGGCCUAGCGGCUCGAGACGAGGGCGCUGAGCUCGAGCAAAAACAAGAGGCGGAAAAAUAAAAUAUCCCUCGAUGCAAACCAGCGGCUUUGGACGUUUUGAAAGGAAACAAAAAAUCUGCAGCAAAUCGGAUCACUUUAGUAGCUAGCGGUAUCUGCUUUUUUUUUCCCGGCUUUAAAAAAAAAAUUGUGCGGCGGAUCCUCUAAAAGCCAGAGAAAAAAAAAUGUCGGCACAGGCCCAAAUGCGAGCUAUGCUCGACCAGCUCAUGGGGACAUCCAGGGACGUGAGUGCUGAAGACAUCGGGGGUAAAUGGCUUGGAGAGGAGUUACCAACGGUAUGAGGGAACUAAAUUAACACAUACAGCUGAAGUGGUUCAGUGUAUCUUUGCCUGCCUACUUCAAUCUGCAAGGGAUUUACAGAAACACCCCGCGUUCAUCGAGCCGAGCUCACCUGAUACACGGUCUAUGUUUGGGUCACUACAACACAUCAUCUGUAGGGUAGGGUGAUGCAACUGCAAAAAUUAUAUUUGUGAAGAUUUGCAUUAUGUUUGACGUGUGAUCUUAAUGGAGCUUACGUUAUAUCCCGUGUAUUUUUUGUAACUGCAUCCUAAAUUUUGUCACUUGCGCACAUGGAUCUAGAAUUAACAAGUUAACUGCUUUGGAGUAGCUUAGACCAAGUGAACGCACUGCACUUGCAAUGUAAUUGAAGUUUUAAAAUUCUGGACAGUGCUUUUUUUAAUGUAUUUAUAACUCGUCUUAUGAGUGGUGUUUUGAUCUUUUUUUAAUUUUUUUUAGUUUUAUGUGAUUUCAAUGUGUUUUUCUCCUGUCCGUUAUCGCUCACAUAUAUAAUGGCUCCAGUGCAGCUAGAUGAAAGAAGUACGUGGGCAGGUGUAUAAAGUGGGUUCGAAUCAGGAGAUGCCAGUCGGCAGAGAAUCAGAUUUACUGACGAUCGGGUCUGCAAGAGUCAUCUCCUGAGCUGCUGCCCACAUGAUAUACUUUCUGGAACGAGAAUGGACCUUGGAGAGUGCACAAAAGUUCAUGAUCUAGCACUGAGAGCAGACUAUGAAAUUGCCUCCAAAUUAAAGGACCACUUUUUUGAAAUGGAUGCCAUGGAUCAUCUGCAGUCAUUCAUCACAGACUGUGACAGAAGAACAGAAAUUGCAAAAAAACGUUUGGCAGAAACCCAAGAAGAAAUCAGUGCAGAGGUGGCAGCAAAGGCUGAGCGAGUUCAUGAACUUAAUGAGGAAAUCGGGAAACUGCUUGCCAAAGCAGAACAGUUGGGAGCUGAAGGAAAUGUUGAAGAAUCCCAAAAGGUCAUGGAGGAAGUUGAGAAGGCACGAGCUAAGAAGAGGGAAGCUGAGGGGGACACCAUUGCUUCUCCUUCCUCCAGUGCAUUCUGGGAGGUUUAUCGAAAUUCCAUGCCAGCCUCCAGCUUCCAGCAGCAAAAACUGCGAGUCUGUGAGGUGUGCUCGGCAUACUUGGGUCUUCAUGAUAAUGAUCGACGCCUUGCAGACCACUUUGGUGGCAAACUUCACCUGGGAUUCAUUGAAAUUAGAGAGAAACUGGAAGAACUACAGAAACUUGUUGCUGAGAAACAGGAGAAAAGAACUCAAGAGCGUCUGAAACGGCGAGAGGAGCGAGAAAAGGAGGAAAGAAUGAAAAGAAGGACCAGAUCUCGCAGCAGGGAUCGUAAAAGAUCAAGAUCAAGGGAACGCCGUCGACAUCGAUCCAGGUCUGCAUCCCAUGAUCGACGCAAACGUUCCCGCUCUCGAUCAAGGGACCGGCGUCGCCGACACAAGUCUCGAUCUGGAAGUAGAAGCAGGAGUCGUAGUCACCACCGCAGCAGGCAUAGCUCAAGAGACAGAGAGCGAGAGAGAGACCGGAGCAGAGAGAAAAGCUCCAAAAGAAAGUCACGAGACCGAGACAGAUCCAGAGACCGAGACAGAGAAAAAUCAAGGGAGAAGGAUCGCAGGGAGAAAAAGCGUUCCUAUGAGAGUGCUAAUGGAAAAUCAGAACACAGCUCUGAGGAACGCGAAGCAGGAGAAAUCUAACGGACAAAACAUUUUUGGAACUGGGGCAGACAAUGUCUUUCUGAUUGUUUAACUCAACUAGGGGAGCUCUUGUUUUGUUUUUGGACUUAGAAAAAAAUUCCAGCAGCUAGAUGACUGAUAACUUAAAAAAUAUUAGAUAGUUGAAAAUGUUCAGGAAGUUUUGUCAGUUUAACCAACUGGUUUUGAAGGCAGCAACUGGAGGUGCCUAGAAUGUACUGUGUGUGCAUGUACCAGUGCUGUAAUGCCACAAACAUUAGGGUGCCUCCUUCCAUUGGCACAAGGUUGCUCUUUUGUUUUGAAUAAUCAAAUAAUUUGUUUUGCAUUUUUUUAAAAUGUGGAUCUGCAACCCAUGGUAUUUUCUUUUCUGAAGUCUAAAUAAAAAGCAAUGGAUCUGGUAGCUUGGGGAGUUACUGCUUUGUCAGCAAGCAGUUUCUUAUUUGCUUGUUACUGUCAGUUGUGCUGGCUUGCACUUGUGAUAGUUUUUACUUCAGAAAUUUCUCUAAAAUCCAUAAUGUUUAUGCUUGUCAAAGUGUCAUUGACAUUGUUGAAAACAAUGAAAUUGUCAUGCAACUAUUUAGCAAAAUCCUUCAGAAUGUCUUGUGUCCAGGUAAGAGAAACAGUCCAAAGGUAACCUAGGCGUUUCUCUUCUCUCACCCAGAAGGAACUCUCCCCUCUCCCUCUGCAUCAUCUUCCCACAAAGUUGGCAUUGUUUGUUAAAUGUUAAUCUGACAGAACCUUGAUUUUUGUAUUCAGUUAUAGCCAGAAAAGCCCCCUUGGUUUGGUUGGAGAGAAAAAAAAGUUUUAUUUUAAUUAACUUAUAUGGUGGAAGCAAUUUGCUACCCAUUUGUUAAAUCACCAAAUAGGAUUCAUGAGGAAAAAUGCAACUGCUUCAAAUAAACCUGACCCUUCAUCACCUUCAUUUCACCAUCUCUGCCUUUCCAUUUAUAAAUAAAAUACAAAUUUGAUUUGGAAGAGUUUUGCCAAAGUAUAGAUCUGAACAUGCACCAAGAUAUUUUGGAAACCAGAAUCUUAAAUUGCCAAGUUUGUAUUUUGUCUAUAUGUGUAUCUUUUAGUAUAAUUAAAAGGGCUUGGUUUUAUUCUUGCAGUUGCAGUGGAAGUUCAGAUAGAAAGGGUCCAAAACUGGAGUUAAUGUGGUUUCAGUAGCUCUUUAGGACUGUGUCCAGAAACACCAUCUUAUUGGCUUUGUGUGCAUGUAAUCCUCAAAAAAAAACUUUAGCAUGUCUUCAGCACACUUCUGGAACACAAUACACAUCCUCUGUUAUUUUGGAUUUUUACUCAGAACGUUUUAUUUUUUGAUAGUGAAAUCAUGCCCGUAAAAUAAUUCGUGCUUAUUAUUCACACACACAUGGUUUAUUAUUUAUCCAAGGAACAGAAAACAAUUUUCCACACGUUAAAAACAACUUAUGGGUAUUGUUUUGUAGGAGUUGAGAACCCUGGAAUUUUCACAUGCUUGUGCAUACGUGGCAUACUCCAGGCAGCUUUAAGGUGUUGUCUGUGGCAGGCACUGGAGCGUCUCAGAUCUGAAAUAUACCAAUGUAUUCCAUGAUGAUUAUAUUGCUCGUUUUUGUUAGCCAAUUGUGGUCAUCUCACAAUUGUUGUGAUUUUAUUUUUUUAAAAAUGGUCAGCUUUACUUUGAGAAACUGACUUCUGUGCUAUCAUAGUCCAGUGUGAUGUUCCUUAGUAUCUAUAGUAGCAUUAUUUUUCUGCAUCAGAUACUUUGGUUACUAGCUGUUACACUGCUUGCCCCCGUCACUUACUAAGUUCUCAAUGGUCAUUUGGUCAGAGAUUUCUGAGUUUACAAUUUAAAACACAAAUAACAAGGUUUUAAUUUAGUCCCCUUUUAUCAUUUUUUCCUUACAUGACUUCUUGUCUAUACUUAUUAUUAAUUGAAAACAAUUGAAAUAAAUUUUCUGAAAACCAUUUAAUAAGAUUUUCAAACAAUUUAAGUUUUCCUGUGUUGUAUGAAAUUGUGAUGAAUACUUGUUUGCUACUUUGCAAUUAAAACAACCUGAUAUUGUC